AUGUAUCUUCUUCUGAGAGUGAAAGGUAUCAUGGUCAAUUCAAGCCAGUUUCCAUAUUUCAUACUGACUGCCUACCUGGACAUGGGCUAUCUGAAGUACUUAUAUUUUGUGAUUGUUUUGUUGCUGUACAUAAUGAUUGUGGUUGCAAAUUCUUUUCUCAUAGUAACUAUUUGUAUGAAGAGGAGCCUACAUGAGCCUAUGUAUGUGUUUCUGUGUAGCCUGUUGGUUAAUCAGCUGUAUGGUAGCGCUGGUAUAUUUCCAUUCCUUCUGCUGCAGAUCACCUCAGACACUCACACCAUAUCUAGAUCCAUGUGUUUCCUACAGAUCUACUGCUUGAACACCUAUGCAUCGGUGGAGUUUUGUAACCUGGCUGUGAUGUCCUAUGAUAGGUACCUUGCUAUCUGCUGUCCCCUGCAUUAUAAGGCUCGGCUGACCUCUAACAAGGUGGCUCUGUUCAUCACUCUCAUUUGGCUGUACUCUCUUAUCAAGUUCCUAAUAACUCUUUCUCUGAAUCUCCGUUUAACGCUGUGUGGGAACGUCAUUGACCGGCUGUCCUGUCAUAACUACUAUGUGGUCAAACUUGCGUGUACUGAAACAAGCCUUAAUAAUAUCUAUGGGUUCAUCUCCGGAACCCUGACUAUCCUGGUUCCCCUCAUCCCCAUCCUGUUCUCCUACGCCAAGAUCCUCAGGGUGUGUCUUUCCAGUUCCAAAGAGACCAGGCAGAAAGCAGUCAGAACCUGCAGCCCCCACAUCGCCUCCCUGAUCAACUUCACCUUCGGCUGUUGUUUUGAGACGCUGCAAAGUAGAUUCGAUACAACUGGUGUUUUAAAUCUUCUGCGUAUAUUUUUAUCCUUUUACUUUCUGAUCGGCCAGCCACUAUUUAACCCAAUUAUGUACGGAUUUAGAAUGUCGGAAAUCAGAAAUGCUAAAGUGUUUUCUGUCAUUAGAUUGUCAGCACUUCUGGACCAGUGGAGCAACACAGUGGUUCCAGCCAACACAACAAGAAACGUGCUGCACAGGAAGGGGAUUCAGGUGUACAGGAAACAAGGGGGUCUGAACAACACAAUCUGA